GUGCCAACAGUGAAGCCUGCUGAAAACUAGAGGCGUCCUGUGAGCCAAAGGUCACCAUGGAGACAGACGAUGCACCUGCGCAGCCCAAUGACGACUGCGUGGAGACCUGCACUGUAUCCGUCAAAGGUCUGACAGAGAACUGGCAGAAAUGGUCCAACGACCACUGCGAGAAUCAGAAACACAAUCCUUUCAGCAACAGCAAGGUGAUUCCCCCACAGAUACAACGAGGACAGGAGGGCUACGGCAGGCCUUUAGAGGGCUCCAAAACAGAGCAGAGAGGAAAAGACGCCCACUCUCACAUCAGCAGAGAGGUCACAGAGCUCUGCCAGGUCAUUAUGGAGAGCGGAGAGAGUGGAGACGAUGGCAGGCCGGCUGUGCGGUUCGGGACACUGUUUGAAAGAUACGUCACCAUCUCUAAUAAACUAGUGGGAGUUCUGCUGCGAGCACGCAAGCAAGGGCUGGUGCACUUUGAAGGAGAGAUGCUGUGGCAGGGGAGAGAUGACGGAGUGCUCAUCACCUUGUUAGAGUGAUUUACAGCAGUGAUGAACACCAUGUGCCUGUUCAACAUUGCUUUAGUUUAUAGACAUCCAUUUUACUUGCACAUGGGUUAGAAGUCAGUUUCUCUGCCAAAUAAACUGUUUCUAUUGAGAUUUAAACUGAUUGCAUUAAAUUCAAAUGUAGCAAACUGGUAUAUUCUGUAUAUAUCUAUCUAUAUACUUUACAUUUGUGGUGAACUAUUGCUUUAAGCAGGUUUUUUUUUUUUCCAGCAGGGCAACCUACAAAUGACUUUCUGGAUAACACUGCACAAUGAUCUGUGAUAGGAUAAAAAAUGAUCAAGCAUUCACCUUUAAGUGAAUGCUUGAUCACCUACAAUAACAUUAUAGUGUUGACAAGUCAUAUUCUCAAACCAUUAUCACAUUAAUAUGCCAU